AUGCUGAAACCCAGACUCAUACCGAAGUUGGCUGUCGAGGCCAGGCCGAAAGCGAUUUUCAUGGACCUGCAACCGGAGUACAGGCAUCUGAAACAUCUUUUGAGAAGAAAGAAGCGACAUAGUACAGAAAAGUCAUUUCAGUGGCAGAAAGACAAGCGGAUAUCCAAGGUGACCAUUUUUGGCACUUUCGUGGUUUUUCAAGCUCCGCAGUCACCUAGUAGAUUUUCUUAUCGCUGA